AAAAGACACGUAUAAACGAGCUAUGCGAUAUAAAAGAGGUCUGGAUGUCUGGCAAAAUAAGACACAACUAUAGAAGGAUCGCAUCAUGGCCGUCUCGUUCCGCAUGUCGACUCUCUGCUUUUUCUUCGUGCUCGUAGCACUCGCUUUAAGUUCCGAGACAUCGGCAAAAGAGAAACACGAUAAUUCAUCUAGCAGGCGAGAUUCUUCGGCCAGCAAGAAAGAUUCUUCGUCCAGCAAAGAAGAUUCUUCGUCCAGCAAGGAGGAUUCUUCGUCCAGCAAGGAAAAUUCUUCGUCCAGCAAGGAAGAUUCAUCGUCCAGCAAGGAAGAUUCUUCGUCCAGCAAGGAAGAUUCAUCGUCCAGCAAGGAGGAUUCUUCGUCCAGCAAGGAAGAUUCUUCGUCCAGCAAGGAAGAUUCAUCGUCCAGCAAGGAGGAUUCUUCGUCCAGCAAGGAAGAUUCUUCGUCCAGUAAGGAAGAUUCUUCGUCAGGUGAAAUACAUUCUACUUAUACAUUUGAAGAAGAAACGACUGCCAAAGAGGAUUUAACUACACCUCCUCCACCUGAACCGUCAACUGAAAAAUCGAUUGAAGAUUCUUCGUCCAGCAAGGAAGAUUCUUCGUCAGGUGAAAUACAUUCUACUUAUACAUUUGAAGAAGAAACGACUGCCAAAGAGGAUUUAACUACACCUCCUCCACCUGAACCGUCAACUGAAAAAUCGAUUGAAGAUUCUUCGUCCAGCAAGGAAGAUUCUUCGUCAGGUGAAAUACAUUCUACUUAUACAUUUGAAGAAGAAACGACUGCCAAAGAGGAAUUAACUUCACCUCCUCCACCUGAACCGUCAACUGAAAAAUCGAUUGUCACCGUGACACCUGAACCGACGCCCUUCGAUUGUCAAUUCAAGAGCAACGGGAACUACGUUAAUCCCUCCGACUGCAAGACUUACAUCGCCUGCUCCAACGGAAACACUUACAUCAUGGUGUGUCCGGCUAACUUGGUGUACAACGAAAAUGGCUGGUGCGACUACGUCUAUAACGUGCCCCGCUGCAUGUAAGUUCUUGAUUUUGUUCUUAAUCGUAGUUUUUAAUUCACCCACAUGUUAAACAUUCAAGUAUUGAAUUGAUCGUAAUCCAAUCGAAUUGAAUUAUGCCUUGUAAUGUUCCAAAUUAAAACAAUUUUGAUUUACUGCUUGUGAAUAACAUUAGCCCCAAAAUACACGUUACAAGUCAAUAA